AUGGAGUUGCAGAGGCGCCAGGAUCAGAACCACCCGGAGAGGAAGGGGCAAAAGCGGAAACUGGAGGAAGAAAUCGGAGACGAACGAGAGAUCUCGGUGAAGUCCGGCGAAGCCAGAAAGGCCCUGCUCAGCGAGGUCAGCGAGCAGGUGAAGGUCCUCAACUCUACGUUCUCUUGGAGCGAAGCCGAUCGAGCGUCGGCUAAGCGCGCCACGCACGUCCUCGCCGAGCUCGCUAAGAACGAGGAGGUAGUGAACGUGAUCGUUGAAGGCGGUGCGGUUCCGGCUCUGGUGAAGCAUCUUCAAGCGCCGCCUUUAAGCGAAGGAGACCGGAGUUCGAAGCCGUACGAACACGAGGUCGAGAAGGGAAGUGCCUUUGCACUAGGCCUUCUCGCAGUUAAGCCUGAGCAUCAACAACUCAUCGUUGACACUGGUGCAUUGGCUCAUCUUGUGGAUUUGUUGAAGAGGCACAAGGAUAGUCCUGUAUCCAGGGCUUUGUAUAGCGUCAUUCGUAGAGCUGCUGAUGCCAUCACCAACCUUGCUCAUGAAAACAGCAGCAUUAAAACACGUGUCAGAAUAGAAGGCGGAAUUCCACCUCUAGUUGAGUUGCUUGAAUUUGCUGAUACCAAGGUGCAAAGAGCAGCUGCUGGAGCAUUACGAACCCUGGCAUUUAAAAAUGAUGAGAAUAAGAAUCAAAUUGUCGAAUGCAAUGCUCUUCCUACCCUCAUUCUAAUGCUUCGGUCUGAGGAUGCUGCUAUACAUUAUGAAGCGGUUGGUGUUAUUGGAAAUCUGGUACACUCAUCUCCAAACAUAAAGAAAGAAGUUCUUCAUGCGGGAGCUUUACAACCUGUUAUUGGAUUGCUUAGUUCUUGCUGCUCCGAGAGCCAAAGAGAGGCAGCUUUAUUACUUGGACAAUUUGCUGCAACUGAUUCAGAUUGCAAGGUUCACAUUGUACAGAGGGGUGCUGUCCGACCUUUGAUUGAGAUGCUUCAAUCCCCUGACGUACAACUGAGGGAGAUGUCAGCUUUUGCAUUGGGGAGAUUGGCACAGGACACAAACAACCAAGCUGGUAUUGCUCAUAAUGGUGGUUUAUUGCCAUUGCUGAAGCUUCUUGAUUCAAAAAAUGGGUCUCUGCAACAUAAUGCUGCAUUUACUCUUUAUGGCCUUGCAGAUAAUGAGGAUAAUGUGUCCGAUUUUAUUAGGGUUGGAGGUGUUCAGAAGCUGCAGGAUGGAGAAUUUAUUUUUCAAGCGACAAAGGAUUGCGUGACGAAAACACUGAAAAGAUUAGAGGAGAAGAUUCAUGGACGAGUUUUGUCCCAUUUGUUGUAUUUGAUGCGUGUAGCAGAGAGGGUUGUCCAGAAACGUGUUGCUUUGGCUUUUGCUCAUCUUUGUUCCCCAGAUGAUCUGAGAACAAUAUUCAUUGACAACAAUGGGCUGGAGUUGCUUCUUGGGCUUCUUGGCUCUACUACCCAUAAACAGCAGCUUGAUGCUGCUAUGGCUUUGUAUAAGUUGGCCAACAAAGCCAUGACUCUUUCUCCUGUGGAUGCAGCCCCCCCCAUCUCCGACACCACAGGUAGACGGUUCUAUGCUCACAGAAUUUGCCUGCUUGCUUCUUCAGAUGCAUUUCGUGCAAUGUUUGAUGGUGGUUACCGGGAGAAGGAUGCAAGGGACAUAGAGAUACCAAAUAUUAGAUGGGAGGUUUUCGAGUUGAUGAUGAGAUUUAUAUACACUGGAUCAGUGGACAUUACUCUUGAUAUUGCUCAAGAUCUCCUCAGAGCUGCAGAUCAGUAUCUUCUGGAGGGACUGAAGCGGCUUUGUGAGUAUACAAUAGCACAGGACGUAUCAUUGGAGAAUGUUUCAAACAUGUAUGAACUUUCAGAAGCCUUCCAUGCAAUGUCAUUAAGGCACACGUGCAUUUUGUUUAUUUUGGAGCAGUUUGAAAAAUUGAGUGCCAGACCAGGGCACUCUCAUUUGAUCAUGCGUAUAAUACCCGAGAUCUGCACUUACUUUACUAAAGCGCUUACUAAGCCUAACCCACAUAAUUUGCGGCUAUAA